AUGGACUCCAUACAAAAGGCUCUUUUGUACCCCGCAGCACGGAAAUCCAAGAAGUUGAAGCUGAAGGGAGUCAGCGAGGACCUGCAGGGCUCUAAGGAUGGCCAAACUGCUACAGGUGGCGCUGGAGGCUACCUGUCCUCAGAGAAGGAGCUGAAUGCCAGUGCUGCCAAUGCCCUGGUGCCCCACAGGCCUGGGGUGGUCACACCUUUUCUGCCGCCCUCCAUCUGCAGUGUGUUGGAGCUGAUUGAGCCCGAAGAAGUGUACUCUGGUUAUGACAACUCACAGCCUGACACCACUGACCACCUGCUAUCCAGUCUCAACCGCCUGGCUGGAAAGCAGAUGGUACGCAUGGUGAAAUGGGCCAAAGUACUUCCAGGUUUCCGGAGCCUGCCCAUUGAGGACCAAAUCACCCUGAUCCAGUACUCAUGGAUGUGUCUGUCCUCCUUUUGCCUCAGCUGGCGCUCCUACAAACACACCAAUGGACAGAUGCUCUACUUUGCCCCUGACCUCAUCUUUAACGAGGAGCGCAUGCAGCAGUCGGCCAUGUACGACCUGUGUCUGGGCAUGAGGCAGGUGAGCCAGGAGUUUGUGCGAUUGCAGCUAACCUACGAUGAGUUCCUCUCCAUGAAGGUCCUCCUGCUUCUCAGCACAGUUCCCAAAGAGGGUCUGAAGAACCAGGCGGCGUUCGAGGAGAUGAGGGUUAAUUACAUUAAAGAGCUCCGGCGUUCGGUGGGAAAAGCAACCAACAACUCCGGCCAAACCUGGCAGCGCUUCUUCCAGCUCACCAAGCUGCUGGACGCCAUGCAUGAUUUGGUGGGGAACUUGUUGGACUUCUGUUUCUACACCUUUCGUGAGUCCCAGGCCCUGAAGGUGGAAUUCCCCGAAAUGUUGGUGGAGAUCAUCAGUGACCAGAUACCAAAGGUGGAGUCAGGCCUCACUCACACGAUCUACUUCCACAAGAAGUGACUCUUUACACAGAUGGGACAGAAGCGGCAUUAAGAACUCGAAAAAGAGGAGCGAGAAAAGUUCAGGGAAGAGAAGAAAUGUGCUGGGAAGGCCCGUCCUGCUGGCCCGCACCGUGUCGCUCAGUAUGCCAGCGUCCUCGUACUGGAUGGAAAGAUUUAGAAAAAAAAAGAAAAGAAAACAAGAGAAAGUUUGGGGGAGAAGGUUUUGACCCUGCAGUCACCACGAGCGGUUUAGAGCUGCGGAUAGUUUGAGAAGCCGAGCGCGACACACCGAGAAGGACUUGUGACAAAUGUGACAAAGCAUCCCGAAGUACACCAAUGUCCCCCUGCCCCAAAGACGAUAACAGUAUUUUCUAUGGAGAUAAAGCCAUACAUUUCUUAGGGCGCACUAGAUACAUUCACUACACACACAAACACACACAAACACACGUAGAGGGAAAUCGACACACUUAACUGUCCACAUGCCUUCACACAAAAUGCACAGGUGCACUCCACAUGCACUAGAAAUGGGACUCCCUUACUUACAAAUCUAGAGAAAAGGUUUUGUUGCAAAUAUUAACUCUGGCUUAUGCAGUCUUUCACAGAUAAUAGCACUAUGAAAAAAAAUUAUGCCAAUAUUUACAUUUGCUUUGCAGUGUAGUGACGAGACUGCAGGGCAAAAAAGAAAAAAAAAAAAGGACAUUAAUGAGGAGGCACAGAAAAUCUAGACUUAAUAGACAAAGGUCUAUUUGAAUAUAUUCCAAGGGCUAUACAAGGAUCAUCUUAAGCUGAAUAGUCGCAUCAAAUUUAACAAGGUUCAAUUUUAAAAUCGGUAUCAUAUAAGCCAUCACUGACAUUUACAUGCUGAUUUUUCUUUUUCAAAGUUAAAAUGUGUAGUCAAACAAUCAAAACUAAUAUGCAAAAGUCCAAAGCUAAAGCUGUUUUGAAACACAAACGUCUCUCUCUCGUGUAAAAGAAAGCUUUGCACGUGAUGCUCCCAUGUCAUAAAGUCACUAUUUUAGAGGCGUGGUGGUGUAGAAUUAAAGACAAUAUUGACAAGAGACUUCUUACCUUUGUGCAGAAAUGGUCAGGAGCGCGGCGGGAUGGAAAAACAUAAUGCAUUUACGGAAACAAUUUCAGUACAGUCCGCUGGUAAUGGAUUUGACUGAGGUGCAUCCAUAGUAAUUGCUGUUAUUUGUGUUAUCUCCAGAGCAGCUGUCCAAAUGUCUGUUUUUACUCACAAUGAAGCGAAACCAGCCCUUUGUGAACCGACACUUAUCUACUCUUCCCAGAAAGAAUAAAAAGCAUUUUUUUAAAUAAACGUGUGUUGCAAAGGUUUUAAGUUUUUGACAAGCCAGUCGUUUUACAUUUAAGGUGCUUCGUUUCUACAAAAGCCAGGCAAAACAUAACAUGUACAGUAACUUGGUAGAACAGUCCACGCAGUACGCCACGUGGGCUCGCAGUUCAAACACGCAUACUCUGUAAAGUCGAUAUAAUCCAAGACGGAGCGUUAACUCUUUGCAGUGCUUACAGUAAAAACAGCUAACGUAUCAAACCCCAGGCAGAUGUGUACAGGUAUUAACUUCUUAAAAACACACUCUAUUCAGCUGUUGUACAGAAGACGUUUUUGAGGUACACGACAACGAGAGCUUGAUGAAGAUGUGUUGGUAUGAUCACUUUUCCCUCACUUUGCUUAUUUCCUUUUUUUUUUCUUUUUCCUAUCUUUGGGCCAAGUGCUACUAUUUUAAAAGCAUGGCGAGGCCCAGUCAUCUGGACCAUUAGCUCGUCUCACACCCCACUGGUUUCCGGGUGGUUGUGGAACACUACUAUGAUGCUACUGAAAAACGACAGAGUCGCUGGGGAAGAAAAAGAGUGCGCGUGUGUGCAAGGGGAGGGUGAGGGGGGGUUGGUGUGUGAAUAUUACUAUUCUUUUUUUCGUGCCCUGUAAGUGUGUAUUUACAUGUGUGUAUGGAGUGCGUGUGCGGUUUUUUUUGUUUUGUUUUUUCCUCCUGGCAAGCAUGUGCAUAGAUGAUCUGCUCUUUCGGCGUGGGUAUUAUGCAUUAAUGUUAUAGGAUUAUCCUAUUUCCACAUUUAGAUUUUUUGCACAGAGAAGAUACAAUGUGAAAUGAGGCGUCAGUGCAGCUCGUAGGAAUUCUCUGUUUCGAUAAGCAACUGUGAUAAUGCGGGGUGGGGGAGGGGGGCAAAUCGUUCUGCAUGGUCACCCCGGCCUAAAGUUAGAGACGACAUCAUUACCACAUCAGGGUGGCCGCGUGCUGUAUUUGUGGCCUCGUGCUCAUCUGAGGUCUCGUCUGUGUUGUUAUUUGCUUUGAAGUCGGCAUAACAGAGUAAGUAGGUAAGUAACUUUACUUACUUAUAGCCCUUUUGCACUUGUACCUACUCAGCUUGACUUGACCUGGUUUUUAAGGGUUUUCGAGUAGGUGGUAGUACCUGCUACCAGGUUCUUUUUUUAGUACCUUCUCGGCGGUUGUUCCAAGCGAUCUGAAGCUAACCGAAAAUGUUACAUCAACAGGCCACAUGGCACUGAUUGCCUAGCCAGCGGCGUCAUUCCACAAGUCAUGACAGCGACUCCUUCACCAAAAUUUUUGAAACCCAGCAAGGAGAAAAAUGGCUACACGAACAAACAACACUGUGGUCCUCGAGUUUGACCAAAAGAACUAGACCGAGCAGCAGGUAGCUCAUCCUCCAUUGUUGUGUUGUGUUUGUGUCAUGGGACUUACUGUACUGUAUUUGGUACUCGAUUGUAAUGGAAAACAACCAAAGUUGAGUCAGUCGAGUUGAGUAGGUACUAGUGGAAAAGGGCUGUUACUUACUUACGUCAUUAAUUGCUUGGACGUUGGUGUAAAAAGAUAGUAAGUAAGUAAAAUCAGUCAAGGUGAUUUUACUUAUUUACAUAACUGCUUGGAGGUUGGCAUUGUUGGGAUCACGACUGUCAUUCGAUACUGUAUUUUUGGGGGAGAGGAAAGCAAAGCAGGGUAUUUGAACUUUUUGUCAUUCCCAAAUCCGAAUCCUUUUUCAGUAAUUCACAAAGAGGUUUGUGUGUGUGUGUGUGUGGGCCCGGUUCACUCAUGAAGGCUAGGAUUCUUGUGUUUUGCCAUAAACUUUAUAAUAAUUUCUCCUGCGCAGUCAUUAUCAUGCAGUACCCGAUUCAUCUUUGCCGUGCCCUUACGCUGAUCUGUCACUGUUUCUUUAUUUUGCUUCUUGUCUUUUUUUUUCCUUUUUUCUUUUCAAGAAUUCAAAUUUUUAAAAAAAAACUGUCUAAAGGUUCAUAGGAUGAAUGGGAAAGUAUUUUUGAGAGAAUUAUAUUUUGCUGGAAAACAAUAUUUAAGUACUUUGUCUAAAAACGAUAUCCUUUUUGUAAAAUGAAAUGUUAUUGCAUGCUUUUUGAUGAGAUGUUUACAUUGUAUUUAAAAAGAAAAAAAGGGAAACUUGUGCCUUUUUAUCUCACCUGAUUUACAGUUUUACAGUAUAUAUUGUAAAUAAUACAGCAAGUCCUUAUGUUGAGUGUAGUAUAAAACAUUUCUACUUUAACCAUCUUGUUGGAAUAUUCGAGAGAAAAAAAUGACAAAAACAAACAAACAAAAAAAAAAUUAAUGUGUGUUUCCCACUCGCCAUGUCCUGUGUGUCGGAUCACAGAGGAGAAUUUCAAGAAAGGGGUUGGCACCAGGAAAAGGGCCAAACAGAGAAAUGAAUGUAUCAUACAUCGUGAGAGACUUAUGGAACUUACUACCUGAAUGUUAGAGAGAGAACAUUUAUUAUCUUCUUAUUAAGUAAAAUUAUUUGAUUCUGCAUCUUUUUUCUUUUUUUUCUUUUUUUACUUUUUGCAUUGUUGUUCCCCGACUCAUAGAAAAAAAAAAGAAACAAUUUAAAAAAGGAUUUAUUUUGUAACGAGAUGUAUGAAGUGAUGGAUCCUUGUUGCUGUUGAAAUGAUUUCCUAAUCCGUGGCGGUAAUUGUUGAUGAGCACCACAAUAAAAAUCAAGAAGUCACAAACUAUUGAAAUUGCGGCUAUGUGACAGAACAUUAUUUUUGGCUUUGUGCACACACUGAGAGAAGCUGCGGUAUACCCGACCAUCCAGCCAAUUUCAAUUAUGACACCCCCCCCCACACACACACUUUUUUUUUCUUCUGGACCUUCAAAUUAAAAGUAUCAAAAAAUGCAAAGAUGAUGAUGUUAUCAAGCUCCAUCUCCUUUAUCGUCCUCCAGAUAUAUAAGCUGGCUAUUUUUUUGAUAAGUACUUUUGGACAUAGUUUAGUGGGACACGCACUUGUUCGCUUGCUUGCAGAGAGCUAGAUAAGAAGAUGAGCGUCACUCCUGUGUUGAAAUCAGAAAUCUGCUUAGGCUGAACAUAAAGACUUGAAACAAGGGGAAACAGCAGGGAAUGGUGUCGUUUGAGGCGCCGUCAGGUGGGGCUCAAGACCAGAGUGUUUGAAUAUGAGCCACUGCUGGCAUAAUAGGAGAGGAGACAGACCUGGCACUCGCACAACGGCAAAGGUCACGGUAGAAGUAUCAUUUUUAGAGGUAAAACCUUUUUAAAAUGUUAUUUAGGGGCAGAUUCUGCAAUUCGUUUUAAACACUGGAUGUUUAAUGUCCCAGUGAGCAUUCAAAUUCAAAAUAACUGCCCGGAUCAACGUGUGGAGGCAUUUGUUGAAGGGCUUUGGCACCAUCCGUGGUGGAGUUGCAUUGUGGCUGAUGUGAGAGUGUCUACGGUCAGUCUGGUAAAUUUUGGGGAAAUUGAAUUCUAAAUCAGCCGACUGAGAGCGGUAUCAAAACAUCUCAUCUCCUAACUCUCCGCUAAAAGGGACUGUAAGUGUGUGUUCCCCCAAGUGUCGAGGCAAUGCUUCGGAGGAGCAAGAUUAAUGUAUUGUUUACUUAAUGGUCAUCAAUCACCGCCCACUGCAAACAAUAAAAUCAACCCUUACCCCCGUACUUGGGGGAGCGGCUCUAUCUUCAAAGCUGUCGGCUCCUAAAUGAACUCCCUCCCUGUCGGCUCGGGAUAACUCGGGAUAUUUGUCUGUUUUUAUUUUUUUCUAACUGCUGUGUCACAGUACACUUUGGUGGAGUCACUGUACGUGGAGUCCCAUCAUCACCAUUCUCUGUUCACAAUAAUGAUUCGGGUGUAGAGAGACUAAGCCAUAUCUCCACAGCCAUGGCAGUGCAUUUUCUUAUAAAUAUAUACAACCUUUUUUUCGUUUUUUUUUAGUUUCUUUCUUUUUCCAAUUUGAAAAUUGACUUUUUUACUCAGAUGCUUUGUAUAAUAAUUCUCAGCAAACAUACAGUAGACAACCCUCACUAUAAACCAAUAAAACAUCUUCGAAAGCAGUUACUACUGUAUAUCUUGAUGCAGAUAUUGCCAUACUUGUGUUUGCAAACUAUUGCAAGAUUCUAAUAAAAAAACCAUUAAAUUGAA